AUGGGCAUCAUCAGCCAGCUCACCGAGAGUAAGAAUGAAGUCGAGUUUGGCAGCCCUCUUUUCUACGCCUAUUGCGCGGUCGGUGGAGCUGCCUCGUGCGGACUUACCCACACCUUCAUCGUGCCCCUUGAUUUGGUCAAAUGCCGCAUCCAGGUCAACUCUGAGAAGUACAAAAGCAUCGGCACUGGCUUCCGCGUCACCGUGAAAGAAGAGGGUUUCCGUGCGCUGGCCAAAGGAUGGGCCCCUACCCUCAUCGGGUACUCGAUGCAAGGCCUUGGAAAGUUCGGAUUCUACGAGCUCUUCAAGAACGUCUACGGCAACAUGAUCGGCGAGGAAAAUGCCUAUCUGUGGCGUACCACGCUCUACCUCGCCGCUUCGGCCUCGGCCGAGUUCUUCGCCGAUAUCCUCCUGGCCCCCAUGGAGGCGACGAAGGUCCGCAUCCAGACCUCGCCCGGUGCCCCACCGACGCUCCGUGGCUGCGCUCCGAUGAUCUAUCGCACGGAGGGACUUUCUGGAUUCUACAAGGGUCUGCCACCGCUCUGGAUGCGUCAGAUCCCGUACACCAUGAUGAAGUUCGCAUGCUUCGAGCGCACCGUGGAGUUGCUGUACCAAUACGUCGUGCCAAAGCCACGUGCCCAGUGCAACAAGACCGAGCAGCUCGGAGUCACCUUCGUGGCCGGCUAUAUUGCCGGAGUCUUCUGCGCUGUGGUCUCUCACCCGGCUGAUACCCUGGUCUCCAAGUUGAACCAAGACGCUAAUGCCACCGCCGGCUCUUUGAUCAAGAAGCUCGGAUGGGCCGGACUCUGGAAGGGGUUGGGCCCCAGGAUUAUCAUGGUCGGCACGCUUACGGCUCUGCAAUGGUUCAUCUACGACACCGUGAAGGUUAUCCUUGGGCUCCCCCGCCCGCCGCCCGCCGAGAUGCCCGAGUCGCUGAAGAAGAAGCUUGCUGCCCAGGGCCAGAGCAAA